GUGCGCCCGGUGGGAUAGGUGUGGCUUGUAUCGCUCAUCGUAUGCGCAUGCGCAUUUGGCCAGCUGGAUAAAAAUGGCGUCUAAUUGUUCGCUGCCGUUCGUCUACAUCUCAGGGGAGGAGGUCCGGAGACUUGUUGGGAUGGCGGAGCUGAUCGAGGAAAUGGCUCGAGGUCUGCGGUGGGUCUCGGAGCGAGAUGAGGGAGGCGUGGUCCAGCCUGUACGGACUGUUGUCCGAGUGGACAAGUACUGCGGAUUGAGGGGGGUCCCCUCUCAUCAGGCCAUCGUUAUCGUCCUGGACCCCAGAACUGGGACUCUGCAGGCUAUUGUGGACGGAGUUGAGAUUACCAACAUGAGGACUGCAGCCGCUUCUGCCUGUGCUGCCAGAGUGAGACUCAACACCUCACACUGUCUCCACUCACACUCUACACACUUCUCACUAUCUCCUCCUCCCCAGGCACUAUUGCAGCAGGCUCCCAGAGUCCUAUGUAUAGUAGGCAGUGGAGUGCAGGCUAGAAGUCAUGCCGAGGCUCUUCGCAUCCACCACUCAUUCUCUGAGGUGAGAAUCUGGGGUCGAAGUGCAGCCAGUGCUCAGCGCUGUGCCGACGAGGUGAGGGCAAAGGUCAGUCUGUCUCUCCCCGAUGCACUCAGAGAUGCCGACGUCGUGGUAGCGGUAACCUUGGCGACGGAGCCACUGAUUCGUGGAGAAUGGUUGAAGACAGGAGCGGUGGUGAUAUCUGUGGGGGCGUGUCACUCCGACUGGAGAGAAUUAGACGAUGAUGUAAUGCUAAAUUCACUAGUGACAGUAGACAGUUGCGAUGCAGCAAUGAAGGAGUCUGGAGAUAUCAUACAAUCGGGGGCAGAGAUAUUUGCAGAAAUUGGAGAAGUAAUAUCGGGAGCUAAGCCUCUCCCCUCUCUUUCUGAUUGCGGCAAGAAAUUCCUCAUGUUCAAAUCACUGGGCAUGGCAAUAGAAGACGUGCUUAGUGGAACUCUGAUAUACCAUCGCUUCAUGGAAAGACAGACAUCACGACAACCAACGUAGCCUCAGAGAAUCAAUUCAUUUUGUAUAAUUUUUGUACAGAGUAAAAUCAUGACAUUGAGACAACAGCAAAGACAGGAUGUGAGUGUGUACUUAAUUAUUAUGUUGUGUGUGUGGAGAGUGCAGGAGUGAAGGUCGACACUACUGAGUUCUGUGGAGAGAAGAUGGCUUGGAGGCAGUAGUGUCAACCCUAGCCUUGUCUCUGAGUGUCGUACCCUCUCUCUUCAGCACGUGGAGCAGUGACUGGGAGCUCUCCAGAAUCUUUUUGUAAGCGCCCUCCGUCUCUGCGAUGGUGCGGUCAUAGUCGUUCCUGAUGGCAUCUUCCGGGCCAGGCUCUCGUUGAUGGCCGCCAGUCGCUCAGUGAUGAUGUGGAGGUCGUGCUGGACUCGCUGCUUCUCCUCUUCCUCAGCAAGAUCUGCCUGUGGAGCUCGUCUCGCUUCGCACUCAGGUCCCUCGAUGCCUUUUAUGAGCUCGUUGUUGUAGCCCUGUAGCUGUGCGCCCUGCUGAGACAUUGCUGUUGCCUACUCUAUACCCUCGGUUCUUUCCCUCUAACCUGCGCACGCAGCUAGCUCUAGAUCGU